AUGAAUAUAUCUUCAACAAAAUCUAAAUAUCCUAUUAGAUUACCUAAUAGUGAAGGAUUCGUGGAAUAUGGAUUUGAUGGGGUAGGAGUAGCAUUUAAUAAUGAUCUUCAAUCUUGGAAAUAUAAUCGUCAAUUUUUUAGUCAAGCAAUGAUGUCUCCAAGUUUUAAUUAUCAAGCUCUUAAAUGGACUAAUGAAUUGUGGAAUGAAAUGGAAUCUUAUUGGAACAAUCUUGGAGAAGAUCAUGAAUUAGACCUUAUAAAAUGGUUGCGUAGAUUUGCAAAUGAAAUGAUUUUUAGGAUUUCUACUGGAGUAAAAAAUGAUGCUAUCGCUUCUUAUUAUAAUAUAAUUAUUCUUAAUAAUAAUAAUAAUAAUUCAUUAAACGAGAAAGAAAAUGUGAAAUUAAAGGAAUCUUAUGAUUUUAAAUUAUUAAAAAAUAAAGAUUAUUUAUUUAGUAAAUUAUACACUAUUGUUAAAGAAAGAAGAAUUGAGAUUGAAAAUUCACCAUUAGAUCAACCACUUCGUCAUGAUAUGUUAACGUCGUUUAUAACCGCGAAUACACCACGUGAUAUUAACGUUGUGAAACAGGCUGAUUCCGAUUUAUUAAGACCAAUGACUGAUAAAGAGAUUUUUGGGAAUAUUCUAGACACGAUGCUUGGAGGAACUGAUACCACGGCGAAUUUGAUUUGUUUUGUUGUAUAUUAUCUUGAACAUUAUCCUGAGAUAAAAAAACGAUUGAGACAUGAAUUUGAUACAGUUCUUGGAGAAGACUUAACAAGACCCAUAACAUACAAAGAUCUUGACAAAUUAGAAUAUUGCGAUGCAAUUAUUAAAGAAGUAUUCCGCUGUAGCCCUAUCUUUAUCAUUAAUGGACGUAUAAAUUCUCAAAGUGAUAAAGUUGGAGGAUACGAUUGGCCCGAAGGAACUCAAUUUCAGAUGCUGUUUUCCGCAAUAAUAAAACAUAAAGAUUAUUGGACUGAACAUGAAAAAUUUGAUCCUGAUAGAUUUUACAGAGUUGAAGAAAGUGAUAAAUAUUUACUUGAAAAGAAAAAUAUGAAAACCACUUUUCCAAUGUUUGGAGGAGGAAUUAGAAUUUGUCCUAAAAGAAUUAUAGAAUUAAAAUGUUUAUUAUUCUUAAUUUAUAGAAAAUAUGAUAUUGAAUUAGUUGAUAUGAAUUCUCCAUUAAAAUAUAAACGUGAUUUUCUUAACCUUUGUAAAGAAUUAAUUGUAAAGAUUAAGCCACGAAAAUUUUAA